UCCUCCUCCGCCUCCCUCGAGCGGCGUUUCCUUCGACCAACCCGGCUAGCUGUCAGGGCCAGAAGCGCCACCGUCUGGGUGAGGCUUGAGAGCUGAGUGACAGAGGGAGGUGUCCAACCCGCGGCGCGUGUGGGCGGCUGGGGGUGUGGGCGCGGCGUGUGCGGCAGGCUGAGCUGCACCGCAGCGCAUACACUACAAUGGCUGCUGGAAAGAGGGGAAAGCAAACAAUUUCCAGGCCCGCCGCGUCCAGCCCGAAAUAUGGGGAAAAAAUUACAGAAAAAUCGGAGAAUCCUGUAAAAGGCGGGAAGAGGGCGUUGAGGGGAUGCUGAGGCUCCCGCGAUCAGCAAAAAUGGGAAGCUCUGGAUUUUGGUUUGCGCCUAGACAUGUCAAUGGAACUGGUUAAGACCAAAAUCUGAAGGUUUUUCUGCAUUAUCCGUCACCAGGUGUGCACUGAGCAGAGGCUACCAUAAAUCUGUUUUGAGUAUGAACACCUUUUAAAAUGUCCCCUUUUGCUUUCUUUAACGACCACAUGAAACUUGAGAAGCCAUCUAAAGCUAAAUCUUUUAGUGGAGUUGGGCAAUUCCCAAGUGUCCAACAAGAAGGCCUGGUUUAGGCUGCGAUGGCCACUGUCAUUCCUGGUGAUUUGUCAGAAGUAAGAGAUACCCAGAAAGUCCCUUCAGGGAAACGUAAGCGUGGUGAAUCCAAACCAAGAAAAAACUUUCCUUGCCAACUGUGUGACAAGGCCUUUAACAGUGUUGAGAAAUUAAAGGUUCACUCAUACUCUCACACAGGAGAGAGGCCCUACAAGUGCACACAACAAGACUGCACCAAGGCCUUUGUUUCUAAGUACAAAUUACUAAGGCAUAUGGCUACUCAUUCUCCUGAGAAAACCCACAAGUGUAAUUAUUGUGAGAAAAUGUUUCAUCGAAAAGAUCAUCUAAAGAAUCACCUACAUACACAUAAUCCUAAUAAAGAGGCCUUUAAGUGUGAAGAAUGUGGAAAGAACUACAACACAAAGCUUGGGUUUAAGCGUCACCUGGCUUUGCAUGCCGCAACAAGUGGUGACCUCACCUGUAAAGUAUGUUUGCAGACAUUUGAAAGCACAGGGGUGCUACUGGAGCAUCUAAAAACUCAUGCAGGCAAAUCAUCAGGUGGAGUGAAGGAGAAAAAGCACCAGUGUGAACAUUGUGAUCGUCGGUUUUACACCCGAAAGGAUGUCCGAAGACACAUGGUAGUGCACACUGGAAGAAAGGACUUCCUGUGUCAAUAUUGCGCACAGAGAUUUGGCCGGAAGGAUCACCUAACACGGCAUAUGAAGAAAAGUCACAACCAAGAACUUCUGAAGGUCAAAACAGAGCCAAUGGACCUUCUAGACCCAUUUACUUGCAAUGUUUCUGUGCCUAUAAAGGAUGAGCUGCUUCCAGUGAUGUCUUUAUCUUCCAGUGAGCUGACAUCAAAGCCAUUUACAAACACCUUGCAAUUAAACCUUUACAACAGUCAAAUUCAGUCAAUGCAGAGCUCAGCUUCUGCUCACCAAAUGGUUGCCACAUCAUUACCAUUAGGAAUGCCUUGUCCAAUAGACAUGGAGGCUGUCCACCCUUCACACCAGCUUUCUCUAAAAUAUCCACUCAGUUCUACCUCAUAUACACUUUCUAUGACUGAUAAAGAGCAACCAUUGAAAGGGGAAAUUGAAAGUUACUUAAUGGAACUGCAAAGUGGUAUGCCUUCAUCAUCCCAAGAUUCUCAAGCAUCUUCAUCUAAAUUAGGGUUGGAUCCCCAAGUAGGGCCUUUAGAUGAUGGAUCUGGGGAUGUUUCCCUUUCCAAAAGUUCUGUUUCCAUUAGUGAACCUCUAACCACCCCAUCACUGGACUUUUCUCAGUUGUUCAAUUUUAUACCAGUCAAUGGACCUCCUUUUAAUCCUUCUAUUUCUGUGGGAAAUCUUGGAAUGAGUUACACACAAGAAGAGGCACAUUCUUCUAUGACUCAUCUGCCUCCACAAGCACAAGAUCCACAAGACCCUAGUAAUAGUAUAGGUCUUGGAUCUUUACAUUCAUUGUCAGCAGCGUUCACAAGCAGUCUAAACACAACCACAACCCUACCACGUUUUCAUCAAGCUUUCCAAUAAGAUGAAAAACCAACCAUGCAACAGUUUUUGUAGAAAUGCCUUAGAUUACUUUUAUUAAUGUAGUGCCUACUAUGUCAUUGUAAACCUACUUUUGUACAGUACCAAUUGUGUUAAGCCAGUAUGAAAUUCAAAUUUAAGUUUUAAAGUACUUUGAAUGUGUUUGUUCAUGGAUGUUUACUGGGUUUUUAAAGUCUAUCAGUUUUCACUGCCAAUAGACCCAUGCUUUUAAAUAUAGAACCAUUCCCACUAAAUGUAUGUAUCCCAUGUUUAAAUUUUCAUUAAGAAUAGUUAAUUCUGUUUGUCAGUAAGUGGUGGCUAUUUUAAUAACUAAGAAUAGCAACAAAAUAUUGAUUUUAAAAAACAGAAAAAUUUCUGCUAUAUUCAUAACAUGAAAUAUUUUAAAGUAAAAUUUUAACUCUUGUAUGACAAUUGUGCAGCAUAUACAUGUAGACAUCAAAAAGUCUGGAUCUAUUGUUUUUGCAAAAAUAACUUCAGGUUUUAAAAGAAAGAAAUAUAAUUUAAGUGCAAUUAUAGUAUUUAAGUAAUUCGGCAAGAAUAAUGUUCCUAAUUGGCAAGUUUAAGUUCAAAAAGAGGCAAAAGAGUUGCCUUUGAAACAGAAAUACAUUCAAUUAUUAUAGAAUACAUUAUUCUUCACUUUAAAUAUUCAUUUUCCCCAACUGACUCGCAAAGGUGUGGUCAAGUCUAGCCAGAAAGUUUAGUUCCUAUCUUGUUCAUUUGAUUUUCCUUCGUUUAUAAAUGAAUGUAAAUUUGGAAAUAAAUGUUUCCAUAUUUUCAUUGAUGCAGAUCUCUUGAAUUGAGUAUCUGGUGUGUAAUGUCACCCUAAGCAACAGCUUAGAUGGUAAUCACGCUUACUACACCUGGGUAUUUGGUUAGUGAUUUUUUUUCACUGCCAAGAAUUAAAAACAGGACUCUUAGGAGUGAAGUAAAAGCAUAUUGCUUAUGUCACUUUUAUCUCAAUACUAGGGUAUUUAGGAAAGUAACGACAAAAUGACUACUUAUUCUGUAUGUCAAAUUGCUGUUUCUUUUCAAAAGACCCUCUAUGUUCCCUACCCCUGAUAACCAAAAGAGGGAAAAACUGAUGUCUAAGUGCAAAAUGUUGUUUUGCUAUAACUUGGUAACAUUCUAUUCUUGUCACUUUUAGGAGGAAUUUAAAAAAUACAUAAAUAUGUCCCAUCAUUUGCAUGAAUUAAUAUAAGGUUUUAAGUGGUUAAAAUAAAUAUACUUCACAAAAUAAAGUUGCUCCCAUUUAAGGAGCUUUGGCUCCCAAUAUUUGUAUCAUUAGUUCCUACUUUUUUACUGUAGGAACCAUAUGCAGGUGUGAUUUUACUAUUUUAUACUGAUAUGUAUUUAAA